ACAGAAAUGAAAGCACACCAAACUGAAGUGUGCACAGAGACAAAGAGGCUUUAUCUUUUAGCGUCUUCUUAUAAACCUUAAAAAUGAUAGCAUACUUUCCACUGGUACCCUGUUGACCAACAAUACCGGAGGCCGUCGUUGUUAACCCGGGCUCUGACCGAUCCGGGGUUAUUUGUGUGACUCUCCUGAUUCUCUCCAGCUUUGUGGAAUCUCAGUAAGAGCGAUUCCAGAUGGUUGGUCCAGAAGCUCCUCUUGUUGCUGUAGCUGGUGAAGAUCUGGUUUUGCCCUGUUUUCUCAAACCCAGCACCAGCGCUGUGGACAUGACAGUGGAAUGGAUGAGACUAGAGGAAGUGGCUUCAUUAGUGCAUCUCUAUAAGGAUCAUAAAGACAGAAAUGAAAAGCAGGCUCAGCCCUACAGAGGAAGAACAUCACUAUUUAAAGAGGAGCUACAGAAAGGCAACGCUUCACUCAAACUCUCAGCUCUCCGAGUCUCUGAUGAAGGAAGAUAUAAGUGUCUCAUUCAGGACAAAUCCUGGUAUGAUGACAUCACUGUUCACAUCGAUGUCGAGGCUCAGGGAAGCCACCCAGUGAUCAUGAUGGAGAGUUAUGAUCACUCAGGAGGGAUUAAUCUAGUGUGUGAGUCCAGAGGCUGGAAACCUGAACCUGUGGUUGUGUGGCUGGACAGAGAAGGAGCCGCUCUGCCUGCUGAAGAUACACAGACACACAGAGACAUUGAGGGCUUCAGUGUGAAACGCCACAUCACUGUUUAUGAUUAUAGCGACUCCAACAGAUAUUAUUGCAGACUUCUACAAGAACAUCACAUGAUGGAGACAGAGGUCAUCAUUAAUCGUAAAGUCUUUGAUGCUUGGAGAUGGGUUGUCGGUGUUUCAGUUUCAGCAUGUCUUAUUGCUGUUGGAUCGAUAGUAACUGCAGUUAUCUGUUACAAGAAAGAGCUUCAGAAGCAGAAGCAAAAAGCAGCCUCAGAGCUUCAAAAGGAGAAGCAAAAUGCAGAGUUGCAGAGAAAGAGAUCAGAAGAAGAGCGAGAUAAGCUUCAAGAUGAGAAGAGAUUCACAGAGUUUAUAAAGAAUAACUUGUUUUCAGAGCUGCAGAAGCAGGAAGUGGAUGAAGUGCUUCUAAAGAAGUUAUUUGCAGUGGAUGUGACUCUGGAUCCUGAUACAGCAAAUCCAUAUCUCAUCCUGUCUGCUGAUGGAAAACAAGCGACAGAUGGAGACGAGUGGCAGAAACUCACUGAUACACCACAGAGGUUUGAAUACUAUCUCGCUGUUGUGGGAAAGCAGAGUUUCUCCUCAGGGAGAUUUUAUUAUGAGGUGCAGGUCAGAGGGAAAACUGCGUGGUUAUUAGGAGUUGUGAGAGAGAACAUUAACAGGAAGGAGGACAUUACACUGGAACCUCAGAAUGGAUUCUGGACUGUGGCACUGUGGAAUGAGAAUCAGUACUGGGCUAAUGCUGGUCCCCCUGUCCCCCUCCCACUGAGAGAGAAGCUGGAGACGGUGGGGGUGUUUGUGGAUUAUGAUGAGGGUCUGGUCUCCUUUUAUGAUGUGAAGUCCAGAUCUCAUAUCUACUCUUUCACUGCUCAGUCUUUCACUCAGAAACUCUAUCCAUUCUUCAGUCCUUGGUUCAGUUAUGAAGGUAAAAACGCAGCCCCACUCAUCAUCUCUCCUGUAUUUAAACCUGAAUGAAUUUUCACCUCACAGAUUUAAUCAUCUAUUAAAUGCUGAGAAUCAAAAAUAUUUUAUUUUUUCUGGUGAAUGUUAGAAAGACAUUUUCCCUUUUAAAGUGCUGUGCAGUUUAUUUUAAUGCCUGGGGUUUGUUUUCUCAUCAAUAAAUCAUUUGAAUCCUCCAGUCUGUUUUUUUACACAUUAUGAUUGUGGAAGUUUGUCAUUCUGAAUCAAAUCUGAAUAAAGCUGAUUUACAGUUCACACUGAGAUUUACUGCAGAAUUGAAUCUGAUCAAUAAAAUGGAUGAAGUUCAGCUGCUGAUGUCUGUGUAGAUAAAACCCAACACCACUGUGUUUCUCCUUCACACUUCAUCACACACAAACACCA